UUGCAGGAGCCCGUGAGCUUUGCGGAGGUGGCCGUGUAUUUCAGCAGGGAGGAGUGGGCCCUGCUGGACCCUGCGCAGCGAGCGCUCUACCGGGACGUGAUGCUGGAGACGUACCAGUCCGUGGCCUCGCUGGCUCCGCUUCCAGCCCCCAAACCCUUGGUGAUCUCCCUGCUUGAAGGAGGGGAAGAGCCAUGGAUCCCAGACGGGCAUAGCCCUGAGGCCACGGCAGGAGACCUCAGCCCAGAAGCUUGGAUUACAGUUAUAUUGGAGGAUCUUCAGGAAAUUGGUGUGGCUGAAGGGCAGUGUGGUAGCGUCUCCGUGAAAGAAAUCGGAAGGCAUGUCCGAGCGGGCCUGGAGCAAGGUCAAGAUGAGCAAGUCAAGAAUCCACUGGGAAAUUGUCUGGGAAAGACAGCAAGGGACCCACUGGACUUUAACAUAGGUCAUAAGCAGCCUGAAGACCGCAGGAGCAAGGAUGUGUGCCAGAAUGAAAAGCAGAAUCCAUGCCCUGAGUUUGGAAAAAGCUUUAAAAUAGAUUCCAGAGUCGUUAACCACCAGUGCAUGCACUCAUUGAAGAGCCUGUACAAGCAUUGUGAUCGUGGAGAGAGCAACAUAUCGAGACCCCACCUCAUUGGCCACCAGUGUAUCCACAUGGCAGAGAAACCCUACAAGUGUUCUGAGUGUGGGAAGAGCUUCAACAUGAGUUAUAAACUCAAGCGGCAUGAGCGCAUCCACUCAGACGAGAAACGCUUUAAAUGUACUGAGUGUGGGAAGAGCUUCAGAACCCGUUAUGAAGUGCAAAUGCACCAGCGUGUACACACAGGGGAGAGACCCUACCCAUGUUCUGAGUGUGGGAAGAGCUUCAUAAGCCGUUCUAAAUGGAAGUACCACCAGAGCAUCCACACAGGAGAGAGACCCUUUCAGUGUCCUGAGUGUGGGAAGAGCUUCAUAAAGAGUUAUGAAGUGAAGCUGCACCAGCGUGUGCACACGGAGGAGAAACCCUUUCUGUGUUCUGAGUGUGGGAAGAGCUUCAAAACCAAUCCUAAAUUGACGAUGCACCAGCGCGUCCACACAGGAGAGAGACCCUACAAGUGCCAGGAGUGUGGAAAGGGCUUCCAAAACAGUUCCAACCUCAACAGGCACCAGCGCAUCCACACAGGAGAGAGACCGUACAAGUGCCCUGAUUGUGAGAAGGGCUUUUUAUGCAGUUCUGAUCUCAAAACACACCAGCGCAUCCACACAGGAGAGAAACCCCAUAAGUGCUCUGAGUGUGGGAAGAGUUUCAGAAGCAGUUCAGACCUAACAAAACACCAGCGCAUUCACACAGGAGAGAAACCGUACAUGUGUUCUGAGUGUUCAAAGAGCUUCAAAAGCAGUACCCACCUCAUCCAACACCAGCGCAUCCACACAGGAGAGAGACCGUACAAGUGCCCUGAUUGUGAGAAGGGCUUUGUAUGCAGUUCUUACCUCAAAACACACCAGCGCAUCCACACAGGAGAUAAACCCCUUAAGUGCUCUGAGUGUGGGAAGAGACUCAGAAGCAGUUUAGACCUCACAAUACACCAGCGCAUCCACACAGGAGAGAAACCCUACAAGUGCCCUCUGUGUGAGAAGAGUUUCAAAAUGAUGUCCCACCUCUCUUACCACAUGCACAUCCACACAGGAGAGAAACCCCAUAAGUGCCCUGAGUGUGGGAAGAGAUUCAGAAGCAGUUCAAACCUCACAAGACACCAGCGCAUCCACACAGGAGAGAGACCCUACAAGUGCUCUGAGUGCAAGAAGAGCUUCAAAAUGAUGUCCCACCUCAAUUACCACAUGCACAUCCACACAGGAGAGAAACCCCAUAAAUGCCCUGAGUGUGGGAAGAGAUUCAGAAGCAGUUCAGACCUGACAAAACACCAGCGCAUCCACACAGGAGAGAGACCCUACAAGUGCUCUGAGUGUGGGAAGGGCUUUAUAAGCAGUUCUAAUCUCACAUCCCAUAAGCAUGUCCACAGAGGAAGCAGAAAGUAGAAGUGUGUUGUGGUUUAACCCAGCAGGCGGCUCAGCACCAUGCAGUUGUUUCCUCACUCCUUCCCUUCCCUGUUGGAUGGAGGAGAGAACUAAAAGUAAACCAUGAAGUAGAACUUGUAGGUUGCUGUGGUAAAGCUUUUCACUGAGAUAAAGGACAAGGAUAAUGGUUAUGACAAUAUGCAUAUCUAUGGAUAUAGUGCAUUCUAGUGCAUUGUAAUUAUAUCCAUUACGUACACUGAUUACAUACAUACAUGGUACAUACAGACCUGUAUUGCUUACUUCCAGCACUCUGUGUUCAGAGAAACUGGUGAGAUCCAGCAGCUCACUGCGG